GCCAAAAGCUACUAUAAAUUGUAAUAAAAUUUCAUGUGAUGAACAUAUACUUAGCUGGAUUCUACAUUUUGGGAACAAAAUCAUAAAAGAACAAAGCUAAUGAAUCAUUGUUUCUUGGCUGGAAGUUAUCGUAAACUACGUCUCGAUUUCCAACCAAUUUCUCGGUGUCGACGGGUAGUCGCUCGAUAAUUUUCGAAAUUUUUGGGAUUUUGAUAGUCAUUGAUUUCCUGGAAAGAAUGAAGUCUCCAAUGUACAAGAAAUAUGACAGUGCAGAUUAUUUUGACUAUGAAUUUGAUUGCCAAGCAGAUUUUAAACAGUUUCUGGAAGAAGCAAGAAGGAAUGAAUGCCAAGGGAAUUUAAAGAUUGAACCUAUUGAACAAGUGGGAUUCAAAGGACAAGUAGAUGGAGAGAAAAAGAACAGAAAAUCAUGGAAAAAUUCCCUGUUUUCGUGGUUGAAAACCGACAAGAAGAACAAGUCCGUCAUGCAGCAAUCUCCAAGAAAGGGCACCGUCGGUUCUGAACUGAGGCGAGGUCCAUUCUCGGGUCCAGUCUGUGCAAGUGAAGGAGGUGGUGGCAUUACUGGCAGACCCCGGAAGCCAACAUCGGGACCCAUCACCGGUCUUUUUAGCUCGAGCAAGAGAGUCGAGGACGAGGUGCCUUAUAUGUCUCUUGGCCAGCUUAACAAUCCUCAAGAAGUUCAAUCUUAUGGACCUGUUUAUUUGGUGACUUAGUGUAGAUCAUUAAAGAAUAUCAUGUACUGUGAUCCUGUUUAAAUAUUUUAGAACAUCCAAAAUUUGAAGAUUUUGGCUUGAUUCAUGACUGUCGGCUGGUUAGCAUUCUCAAAGUUUUGGUUGUAAAACUAGAGGGGUACAUACACCCCAUAUUAGGGAGUUGAAUGUACAAGACAACCUGGUUUUAACCACCUUUGAUUAAGAGUUGAUGUAUUCAUUUUACCA